GGGGCGGGGUCUGGGGCGGGGCCUAAUCGGUUGGCCCCGCCCCGCCCCGGUGCUUUUCCGAGCCCGGGUUCCUCCGCAGCUGCCUCAGCUGGGCGGUGCCCCGGCAGCCCUGGCGCCCCGCUACUGGGCAGGAAUAGAAGAUGAACAAACCCAUAACAUCUUCAACAUAUGUGCGCUGCCUCAGUGUUGGACUAAUUAGGAAGCUGUCAGAUUUUAUUGAUCCUCAAGAAGGAUGGAAGAAGUUAGCAGUAGCUAUUAAAAAACCAUCUGGUGAUGAUAGAUAUAAUCAGUUUCACAUAAGGAGAUUUGAAGCAUUACUUCAAACUGGAAAAAGUCCCACUUCUGAAUUACUGUUUGACUGGGGCACCACAAAUUGCACAGUUGGUGAUCUUGUGGAUCUUUUGAUUCAAAAUGAGUUUUUUGCCCCAGCAAGUCUUUUGCUACCAGAUGCUGUUCCCAAAACGGUUCAUACACUACCUUCUAAAGAAGCUGUAACAGUUCAGCAGAAGCAUGUGCCUCUCCAUGGCAAAGACAGGACAUUUGUGUUACCUGUGCAGAAUGUUGAACAAAACUGUAUGCCACCUGACUCCUCAAGUCCAGAAAAUACAAGUUUAGAAAGUAGUGAUACACGUUUUCACAGUUUUUCAUUUUAUGAACUGAAGAAUGUCACAAAUAACUUUGAUGAGAGACCCAUUUCUCUUGGUGGCAACAAGAUGGGAGAGGGAGGAUUUGGAGUUGUAUAUAAAGGCUAUGUGAACAACAAAACUGUAGCAGUGAAGAAGCUUGUAGCAAUGGUUGACAUUAGUACCGAAGAACUGAAACAGCAGUUUGAUCAAGAAAUAAAAGUUAUGGCAAAGUGUCAACAUGAGAACUUAGUAGAACUGCUUGGUUUCUCAAGUGAUGGAGAUGACCUCUGCUUAGUGUAUGUUUAUAUGCCCAAUGGCUCAUUACUAGACAGGCUGUCUUGCUUGGAUGAUACUCCACCACUUUCUUGGCACAUGAGAUGCAAGAUUGCUCAAGGUGCAGCUAAUGGCAUCAGUUUUUUACAUGAAAACCAUCAUAUCCAUAGAGACAUUAAAAGUGCAAAUAUCUUACUAGAUGAAGACUUUACAGCCAAAAUAUCUGACUUUGGGCUUGCACGGGCUUCUGAGAAGUUUGCCCAGACAGUCAUGACUAGCAGAAUUGUGGGAACAACAGCUUAUAUGGCACCUGAGGCUUUACGAGGAGAAAUAACACCCAAAUCUGACAUCUACAGCUUUGGUGUGGUUUUAUUAGAAAUAAUAACUGGACUUCCAGCUGUGGAUGAACACCGGGAGCCUCAGUUAUUGCUAGAUAUUAAAGAAGAAAUUGAAGAUGAAGAAAAGACAAUUGAAGACUAUAUUGAUACAAAGAUGAAUGACACUGAUCUUACUUCCAUUGAAACUAUGUACUCUGUUGCUAGUCAAUGCUUGCAUGAAAAGAAAAAUAAGAGACCAGACAUUAAGAAGGUUCAACAGCUGCUGCAAGACAUGACAACUUCUUAAAAUUUUACUGGAAUAGACUCUUGAUUUUUUUGUAUCCACCUAUCUAAACCAUUUUUUAAACUAAGUAUUUUUUUGUAAACAUUCUUUUUUACCUUUAAUAAGGCAGCAUGGAGCAGUGCAGUGGCUAUUAAAGCUUGUAUAGAACCCCCAACAAACAGAACAAACAAAAGUAGAGCCAUGAUAUCGACCCUAAGCCCUAGCUUGUUAUUGUGACCCUCAGUCCUUGAGUAAUCCCUGAGACUUCUCCUUGGAACUUCACCAAAUACAGUUUGAAAACUGUAGAAUUAGCAACAAAGAGGACUGGACCAUAGGGUGAAAAGACCCUAGCCCAAAUCCCAAUUCUACUACUAAUUUGCUGUAGAGUUUUUGGUAAUCCCUUCCCAGCUUUGAGCCUUCUUUUUUUUCCACUGAUAUCAUUAGGCUAAUACCUAUUGUGCUUCUCUGACAGGUAGUCAUAAAAAUCAAACGAGGCAGCAUAUGUACAAGCACUUUGUAACAUGUAAAGUGAUAUAAAAUUUAAAGUUUAUGUAUAAUCCAAUUAUAGUCAUUUGUUUAUAGGAUCAUGUUCGCAUUAUGCUAUUUUAAGCAGUCAUUCACCACUAACCAAACAUGCCCUGAUGUUACUUCCGUGAUGAUAUGGUCAAUAUUAGAUUAUGUUAGAUGGCAAAAUUGGAGGAAUUUUGUAGAUGUUGUUAAGGUCCCUAAUCUGCUGACUUUGGGUAUCAACAGAAAGACUGUGCUGGGUAGGCCUGUCCUAAUAAGGUGAGUUCUUACAAGAAGCCUAAGAGAUUAUCCUGUGGGCCUUGAAGAAGUAAGCUACCGUGUUGUAAGAGGCCACAUUGGCUAAGACCUAAGGGUGCCCUUCUAGGCUGAGAGCCACCUUCUAGCUGUUAGCCAGCAAUAAAAAAACUGGGACCUGGGUUGUAUAACCACAAGAAACUGAAUUUUUCUAGAAAGAACAACUGUUUUUCUUCCCGUAUUUCUGACCUACUGGUUUGCUUGCUAAAAAUUUUUAAUUUUAAAUUUCUCUCAAUAUGUUCUAUGAGAACCAAACAGAUAUUAAGAACAAUUAAUAAAUGUUUUGCCUUACUUUUCUGACACAUAAUUAAGAGAAAUUUAAGACAUUCUGAAGCAUUUUUUGCUCUAUCCACUGUCUGGUUCUGUAACCAUAUAAAAUGGCCAUAGAUCUCAGCUAUCUGUUGUCCUUUUUAUUCACUUUCAAAAUGCAAGCAUACCUCAGAGAUAUGGACAGUUCAGUUCCAGACCAUCACAAUAAAAUGAGUAUCACAAUAAAGUGAGUUAAAUAAAUAUUUUGGCUUGCCAGUGCAUAUAAAAGUUAUGUUUACACUAUACUGUAGUCUAUUAACUGUGCAAUAGCAUAUGUCUAAAAAAAUAAUGUACAUACCUUAAUUUAAAGAUACUUUGUUACUAGAAAAUGCUAACUAUCAUCUGAGCUUGCAGAGAGCUUUUUGCUAUGAAGGGUCUCAACUGCACAUUGAUGAUGCUGACUGAUCAGGGUGGUGGUUGCUGAAGGCUGGGGUGGCUGUGGCAAUUUCUUAAAUGAAGUUUGUCCCAUCAAUUGACUCUUCCUUUCACGAACCAAUUUCCCUGUAGCAUGCAAUGCUGCUUGAUAGCAUUUUACCAACAGUAGAAAUUUUUUCAGAAUUGGAGUCAAUUUUCUCAUACCCUGCUACUGCUUUAUCAACUAAGCCGAUGCAAUAUUUUAAAUGUUUUGUUGUCAUUUCAACGAUCUUCACAGCAUCUUCACCAGUAGAUUCCAUCUCAAGAAACUACUUUCUCCGCUUACCCCUAAGAAGCAACUCCUCACUUGUUAAAGUUUUAUCAUGAGAUUGCAGAAAUUUUGUCACAACUUAAGACUCUACUUCUAACGCUAGUUCUCUUGCUCUUUCCACAUCUGUAGUUAGUUACUUCCUCCUCUGAAGUCUUAAACCCCCCAAAGUCAUCUAUGACUGUUGGAAUCAACUUUCUUCAUGUCAGCAAUAAGACUGUUUGCCUUUCUUAUCAUUCAUUUGUUCACUAUAUUAGAACUUUUAAUUUCCUUCAAGAAAUUAUUCUUUGCAUUCACAACUUAGCUAACUGCUUGGUGCAGAACUCCUAGCUUUUGGUCUAUAUUGGCUAUUGACAUGUCUUCCUUACUAAACUUAAUCAUGUCUAGCCUUUGAUCUAAAGUGAAAGAUGUGUGACACUUCUUUUCACCUGAACAUUUAGAGGGCAUUGUAGGGGUUAUUAAUUUGCCUAAUUUCAAUAUUGUUGUGUCUCAGGGAUUAGGGAGCCCCAAGGAGAAGGAGAGAGAUGGGGGGAACAAUAGGUCAGUAGAGCAGUGAGAGCACACACAACAUUUAUCGAUAAGUUCCCUGUCUUAUAUGGACACUGUACUUGGUGCCCCAAAACAAUGACAAUCGUAACAUCAAAGGUCACUGACUGCAGGAUCACCAUAACAAAUAUACUAAUAAUUAAAAGUUUGAAAUAUUGAAGAAUUACCAAAAUGUGGCACAGAGACACAGAGUGAGCAAAUGCUGUGGGAAAAAUGGUACUGAUAGACUUGCUUAACCCAGGGUUGCCAUAAAUCUUUGAUUUAUAAAAGCUACAGUAUCUGGAAAGUGAAGUAAAAUGAUUUAUGCCUAUAUGUAUGUAUUUUAAUUUUUUCCAGCUUUCCUGUGGUAUGAUUGACAAAUAAAUUUAUAUAUACUCCA